UAGCCAGGAGCUUGUGUGUGUGAAUAUUUAAUGUGUUAUCAUUUUGAACAUUAAUUUCAGUCUUGGGGAUAGAAAAUCUUGAGUAAAAUAUUCAAAAUAAACAACUUUUCAAAAAAAAAAGUAAUAAUAAAAUUAAUAAUAAUAAAAUAAAUAAAUAAGAAAUAAAAAAAUAAAAUAACAGACAUGAUGGAUCUUGCGCGUUCUGGUAUAAAUGCAUCACAGUCUGUGAUGAUUACUGGUGCUACUAAUACCAAGGCCGAUGAAGAAAUACUUGAUUUCUUGAGUAGGUWUGGUAAACUUAAUCUUCCUUUUUAUGUAACUGAUUCCUCAAGCARWUUUUUUAAAAACCUGAUCGUAGAGUUUGCGGACUUAGCUGCUUUUUCCGCGUUACAACCGCUUCUACCUUAUACUUACACCUCUCAAACGAAUACUGACCAUGUGUUUCGUGUCACUGCUUUGGCACUCGAGCACGCAGCCACAGAGGACAGCAGUAGCAGCCAUCAGCCCAACUACAUCGCUGAACUUAAGAAAAUUGCUGAUCAAAGCGGCCAUCGCUUUGAAGAGGUUUUGAAGACAGUAAUGAGCCAGAUAGGCCAACAUUUGCAUGCAGCAGGAGCAGAUGAAAAUUUUGGAGAUGAUGAUGAAGAUGACUAUGACGGUGGUAAGGAGGAUGAUGGAGCGGAAGAGGAAGUGGAUAAAUUCAUUGCUGCACAGCCAUUGCGAACAGUGUUGGAAUCUGGGUCAUUAUCCUCACUUCCUCCUGCUCAUUCCUCCGCGGACCAGGGUGCACGACCUCGGCGAAAGCAAACUGGACCAGCUCCAGGACUGUCACUGUCCACCAAUGAUCUCAACCCACCUCAAAUACARCGGGUUGUUGUUGAACAUGUGGUCCGAARUACUGAUUUGACUGGUCCAACCUCACUUCGUCUCCGUACUUUUUCAGGAAGGCUUCCUAAGCCGAGUAAUGAAGCUGAUUUUGAGUCCUGGCGUUCCCAGAUUGAGUCUCUGCUUGCUGAUCCUAGUCUUUCUGCGCUACACGUCACCAGACGAAUCACAGAGAGCCUGUCAUCACCUGCAGCUGAUUUGGUCAAAGGUUUGAGCCCCAACACAUUUCCAACAGUUUUGCUAAAUAUACUAGAUUCUGCCUUUGGAACAGUGCAGGACGGUGAAGAAUUGUAUGCACAAUACUUAAACAUUUUGAAGAAUCCAGGAGAACGACCGUCCAUUUACCUUCAAAGACUUCUGCUCACUCUCAACACUGUUGUGAAGCAAGGAGGAAUCUCACCUGCUGACAUUAAUAAACAUCUACUGAAACAAUUUUGUCGCGGGUGYUGGGACAACACUGUCAUAACCAAGUUACAGUUGGAACAAAAGAAAGAUAACCCACCAUCUUUUUCUGAUUUGUUGUUGUUAYUGAGGACAGAAGAAGAUAGACAACAUGCUAAAGAGUCACUUAUGAAAAAGCACAUUGGAACGUCAAAACAGAAAGUUCACAUCCAGUCCCAAAGUGCCUGUCCUUGUGGACAUUCUACAUCCAAUGAAGAGCUGAAAGAAAUGAAAAAACAACUUCAGAAAUUACAGCAGCAAAUGUCUCAACUUCUGUCCAGGAAGAGUCCAGCUGAAUUCAAGUACAUGUCAAGAGAGAACAAAUCCUACUCUUCUUCACCUCAGUUAAAAACCAAGCCUAAGCCUUGGUACUGUUUUAAGUGUGGAGAAGACGGCCAUGUUUCCUCCUCCUGCACAAAUAAAGCAAACCCCAGUCUUGUUGAGCAGAAAAAGAAACUGUUACGCCAAAAGCAACAAGCAUGGGAUGCCAAGAAUUCAAAAUCAUUAAACUAGAAACAGCUUCUGUAGUGGGACACACAGAAGCUGUGUAUAUGAACAGUCCCAAAGAACGCAAAAUAAGAACACUGCCACGAGGUCUUGUCGGCACAAAGAGCACAGGUCAAGUUCAAAUAAAAGGAGAUCUGUUCAACUGCCUCCUUGAUUCCGGCUCACAGGUUACCACUAUACCCUACUCCUUCUACAAUACUUACCUCAGGGAUCAUGAAAUCAAACCAAUAAACAAUCUGUUGGAAAUAGAAGGAGCAAAUGGACAAACAGUACCUUACCUGGGAUAUGUAGAGAUCAACAUGACCUUUCCACCUGAAUUAUUUGGUUUACCUGUUGAAGUCGACACACUUGCUCUCGUUGUGCCUGAUAAUAAACCAACUCAACAUCUGAUUCUCAUUGGCACAAACACCUUAGAUGUUGCUUACAGCAAACAUUUUGGUAUUUAUCCUGAUGGGUCAUUUCAACCUACAGUCUCUGGUUAUAUAGCAGUGUACAAGAUCCUUCAACACCGCUAUGCCCAGAGUUCGAAUGACCUUACUGCAACUGUCACCCUGCAGUCUAGUCAGCCUCAAAUUAUUACUGCUGGCCAAACCACAGUUGUAGAAGGGUGCUUAGCUGCAAGAUUGUGGCAGGAGGAAAAACACGUCC